AUGAGGCAGGAGGCACAGAAAGUUAUUGUCGGACAGACAGAACUCUUUGAGCUUGUGGUGGUCAGUCUGUUUUCAGGCGGACAUGUAUUGUUAGAAGGUGUCCCUGGGACCGCGAAAACACUUAUCGCCAAGACGUUAGCGAUGGUAGUUUCCGGGGAAUUCAGUCGUGUACAGUUUACGCCAGACCUGAUGCCGUCAGAUAUUGUUGGUACCAGCGUCUAUGAUUUGACGACGAACCAAUUUAAUCUAAAGCGCGGUCCCGUUUUCACGAAUGUAUUGCUCGCUGACGAGAUCAACCGCGCGCCUGCUAAGACGCAAUCUGCACUCUUAGAAUGUAUGGAGGAGCGGCAGGUGAGCAUUGACGGUGUCCGUCAUGUGUUAUCGCCACCGUUUAUGAUAGUAGCGACACAAAACCCUAUUGAAUAUGAAGGCACCUACCCGCUCCCGGAGGCGCAACUUGACCGAUUUCUGUUCAAAUUACGUGUCGAUUACCCCGCUGCCGAGGUAGAAACACAGAUUUUGAUGAACUAUCACCAGGGGUUCAACGCCACCCAAUUGGAAGCAGUAGGGAUCGAAAGUGUGAUUGAUAGCGCGUCGCUUCAGGAGUGUCAGAAAGAAAUCCAAACGGUGACCGUAGAGGAUUCGAUCUUCAAUUAUAUUGUCGGUUUAGCGGAGGCAUCGCGUAAUUCUGAUGAGUUAGUGUUGGGCGGUAGCCCGCGCGCUUCGAUCGCACUCUUAUUGGCGAGCAAAACCUACGCUGCGCUUCAGGGACGAGACUAUAUCCUGCCUGAUGAUGUUAAAUUAUUGGCACCGCAUGUCUAUCGUCAUCGCAUCCUGCUGAAACCGGAUGCCGAAAUUGAAGGAUUAACGCCAGACGAUGUAAUUGAUCGGCUCCUCGCAGAGGCAGAAAUUCCGCGUUAG